AUGAUCUUUGUGUUUACAGGCAGAGGAUUUCAUCAAACAACAACACUCAGCUGUGAUGAUUAUAUCAUACGAAUGUUUAUGAGAUGUGCUGAAUUGAGCACCAGAAAAAGGAUCAUUCUAACAGGAACUCCCAUUCAGAAUGAUUUACAGAACCCAGGAGUCCUUGGUACAUCUGCCUCUUUUAGAAGAAUAUAUGAAGAACCUAUAAAUGCAUACCAGCAACCAAUGGCAACAGAUAGUGAGAAGGAAUUAGGAGAAACACGAGCAGCACAGCUUAAUAGGACUACAUCACUCUUCAUCCUCAGACGUACACAAGAAAUUAUUAACAGGUAUCUGCCACCUAAGGUUGAGUACGUAGUGUUCUGCCAGCCCUCUGAAACACAGUUGAUGCUUUAUGAUGAAAUUGUUGGCAAGACUCUUCGACAGUGUUUGAAUAGUAAUGAUGUAGGAGAUCAUCUGUCAGCCAUUAUGGCUCUUCGUAAACUUUGUAACCAUCCUGCACUUUUGGCACAAGAUAAUGAACAACAUUCACACAAAGAAAUGGCAAUGGAAUUAGCUAGUUUGCUUCCUGAACACAUAAAAUAUAACCAAUUUGAUGAGGCUGAUAGUGGAAAAUUGGCUGUAGUGUCAUGCAUGUUAUGGUCACUUGCUGAAGCUGGUGAUGAGAAAAUUGUUCUUGUAUCCAACUACACAUCAACCUUAGAUAUUCUGGCUAAUUUAUGUGAGCGCUACAACUAUCAAUACUUGAGACUCGAUGGUUCAGUCCCAACAGGGAAGAGGCAAGAAUUGGUGGACAGAUUCAACAAUAAGUAUUCCAAAGACUUUGUCUUUCUCUUAAGUGCAAAGGCUGGAGGAGUUGGUCUAAACCUUAUAGGAGCCUCAAGGAUCCUUCUCUAUGACAUAGACUGGAAUCCUGCAACAGACCUUCAAGCCAUGGCACGUGUGUGGAGAGAUGGCCAGCAGAAAAAAGUAUAUAUUUACAGGUUGUUAAUGACAGGAUCUUUAGAUGAGAAAAUGUAUCAGAGACAAGUUAGAAAGCAAGGACUGAGUGGAGCUGUAGUUGAUGCUCGCGACUCAGAGCGAGUUCACUUCUCCACUAAAGAACUCAAGGACUUGUUCACACUUCAUUCAAACACUGUCUGCCUAACACAUGAUAUGCUACAGUGCUCAUGUGAUCUUACAGGCCAGACUAUUGCAGUGCCAAACACUGAAGAAAACACUGAACCAGAGAGAUCUUGUCAACUUGGAGACCAUGGCCAGUCCAGAUCCAGUUCUAACACUACAAUGGACCAGUUACAGAAGUGGUAUCAUAGUGCUGCACCUUUCUCCCCAGAGAUUAUAAGGGAUCCUUGUGUAGAGGCUGCCAAUGACUUCAUAACUUUCCUCUUUCAUAGUGUGUCUGACAGCUCAUGA